CAAUGAUGCACGAAACCUAAAAAAAAACAUGUCUCGUUUUGUUAGGCAACUUUUUAGGACACCCCUUAUCAUACGAUGUGGGCUAUUAAGCCCGAUGUCGACGGCAGUUGAAGCUGCGAAUACCUCAGCUUCCAGAUUUCUUGUCCAGAAACUCGAGAAGAAAGCAGGUGGUAUGCUACACGUAACAUGGAAUAACAACUCCAUGAAUCGCUAUCCUUUUGCGUACCUCCGCGAUAACUGCCAGUGCUCGGAGUGCUUCCACGAAUCUGCCUUCCAGCGAUCAUUUGACACUGUGGGCAAGUUAGAUCCGAAAAUUUUACCGGAGAACUACGACGUGAGGUUAGAUGGGAAAGAGAUAGUCAUUGCGUGGCCUGACGGACACGUCAGUGUAUUUGACUCAGACUGGCUGCACUCUCGUCGACUGGUCGACGCGAAGGGUGAUCCAAGCAGCGUUAUGCUCCCUAAUCUUAAUAAGGAAGGGGUAAAGUUUUGGAAUGCUGAAACAAUGCAGGGAAAAGUUCCUAAGCUCGAUUUUAAGGACCUCAUGGAGGACGAUGGUGCACUUUUCGAUUGGCUCAAAAUCUUACACAGUGUGGGAAUUGCUUUGGUGGUUAACACCCCUCUGGAGGAGGAACAAGCAGAAAAACUCUGUGAUAGGGUUGGAUAUUUUAAGACAACUCACUAUGGGUAUGUAAAUAUUAUUAUUUUUCAUUAUUUUCCUACAGUAGGUUACAUGUAACUACCGUAUUUACCCGUGUAUAAUAUGCGCCCAUGUAUAACACGCACCCCGAUUUUUGACCAAAUUUUUCAUAAAAAAAAAGUUUUCACACCAAAAAACACGUCAAUUCUUCCUACAACUGAUGUUUCGCAGUGGUAAGUUUCGUUGCCAUUUCGAGUUUCUGGUCGCUUGUGAUUACAGUAAUACGGUACGAUCGUGAUGUUUAUCUCGUCAGCCGUUUCUUAAAUACUCUACUAAAUUUAUUCAUGGAUCGAAAUUGAAAAUGUUUCAUUGGUAGAUUAUUUAACUCAAGCUAAUAAAGACCAAUAACUGCGAGGCUUUUUUUACUUUCUUUGUUGUGUCUGGGGAUCGAAACUGAAAAUGUUUCAUUAGUAGAUUUUUUUAACUUUCUUUGUUGUGUUUUUAAAGUAUGCAAAUUAGGACGAAAAAACAAUAGAAUCUGUGUACAAUACGGAUCACUUGUUUUUGUCGUUAAAAAAAUUCAUAACUCAGACAUAGUUUGAUGCUACUCUGGUUUGCAGAUUUAAUGAAUGUAACCGAAGAAGUUAUCCCACCCCAUUGAAUGGUUAGUUAGGCAUGUAUGCUCUGAUAAAGCCGAAUUUCCUCAAUUGGGUGGGAUAAUUCUAAAAUUAUCACCACUAAUCGGCAUUACCACCAGUGUCUUUGUUUGGAGGCUUGGCAUAUUAACUCUGCCCACGCUCCUUUAAAUCGUGACGAUGGCGGUUUGCCUCCUGACGCCUAUUUACAUCUCAUCAGAAAAAAGGCCGCUAAUUAGUGAUCAUAUAAAAGGACCUCUUGUUGCAGCAUUUAGAUCACCCCUGAUGAAGGCACUAGACAGGAGUGUCGAAAUGUUGGGUCUAUGAAUUGUAACUUCUUUGGUUACAUUCAUUAAAUCUGCAAACCAGAGUAGCAUCAAAAUAUGUCUGAUUGUCCACCUGGUUGCUGUGUGAACUUUAAUAUAUUUAAAUUCAUAACUCUUGUCAGCUGUUAAGGAGGGUUAAUUCUGUAGAAAUCAAGAACAUUUUUUCUUUUUACCUGCAGGCAUUAUUUUGAUGUGAAAACAAAAUAUGAAGCAAAUAACUUAGCAUAUACUUCAAACUUUUUGCCAUUGCAUAUUGACCUGCCUUACUAUGAUUAUAUACCAGGGGUAAGUGUACUGAGUUUCUUCAUGAAGGUCUGAAGCCUUGGGAACCCCUAGAUUAUAUCUGUUUUAACUACUGCUACAUUAAUUUUAAUCCAAAUAGCAAGUCCCUUUAUUACUGGCAAGAAAUGUGAUGUGGUUAGUUUGUGGGUUGUGGCAAGAAUUGGCUGUGAGGUAAGUUUGAGGGUAGGGAGGUGCAGCCUGAUCUGAAAGAGGGGCAUUGGAAAUGGGGCAAAGCUAAAUGAUUGUUUGUUACUCAAUUCUCUUUGCUACUAUUAAGAUUUUAGACUACAUUUACGUCCUUUCAUCUUGUUUAAUGUUUUCUGGCAUUUGGCCUUGGCCCUAUCAUGUGGAGAUCCAUGGCGUCAGCUUUUUCUUGACAGCUUUCUGCCAUGUUGUUUCUUUUCCCUGUGGGUGUUCACAUGGGUUGUGCUGAGAUAUCACUCAGACAAAAACUACCCAAUAAAAUUGUAAAAUGAUAUUGUUUAUGUGUCCCACAGGAAGUGACCUUGUUUUUGUCUUUUUGUUUAUAAUGUGUGAAAGAGGGUUCCUAUUUUUGCUGGAUUUGUCUGAAAGCUCCAGACCAUUAAUUCUGUUAGUAGGUAGGGCCAAAGUACUGUUUGCUGUUAGGGUCACAUGUCCAAGUCAUGUGACCUGGCUUGUGUCCUGUGCUUCUUCCCCCUCCCUAGACCUUUUUCAUGUGACAUAGGUCUAAAAUAUCUGAUUGAAGGCUAUUAUACCCCAGCUGUUGUAGAUUUAAGAGCAAGAACCCCUCUGUUCGAGUCCUAACAGACUCCGCUUUUUCUUUUAAGAUAAAAGGUAUAAAGAGAUGUAUUGUGUAAUCAAUGAGAAAAAUGUUGCUCUUAGAAUUGCGCUUACAGCACCUCUGACAGUAAUCUUCUCUGUUUUAGGUUCAGAUGUUGCACUGCAUUGAACAAGCCACUGGUACAGGCGGAGCAAACCAGUUUGUAGAUGGCUUCUUCGUUUCACAGGAGCUGCGAAAUAAAGAUCACAAAAAGUUUGAUAUCCUGACAAAGACGCGAAUCCAGUUUGUUGACAUUGGAAAUGACAUGUUUGGAGAUUUUCACUACAAAUUUUCUCGACACAUGAUUGAGUAAGUCAGUUACUACUCAUGAAUAUUAUUGUGGAGUUAAGUUCAGUUGAAUGUCCAAAGUAAAUCCGAAAGCGUUUUUGAUUUGCUCUUCUAUUCUCUGUAAUUGGUCUACGAAGUUAGAGCCACUUUCUCUCCCAGUCAGAUGCAAAAGUGAAACAACUUGUGAAUUGUUCCCUCGCGUUUGCUAACGCCUUUCUUUUAUACAACCCGGCGGGAUCUCAGUUGAUUGAGCAAGGACAUUUAAGUCGACUAUGCAACGGUAGAGUUCAUGAAGCGUUUUUCGAGUGAGUAUCGCAAAACCAAACCCAAGUAAAACAUCCCUACUGCAUAAAGAACGGGAAAACGCGGACGACCAAGACGUGAUUGGUGUUAGUUUUGCUUCUGUUUGGUUGGAAAAGUGGAGCGAAUUUUCUGGACCAAUCACAGAGCGAAGUAAAGCAUAACUAAAAACAAUCCCGGAUUACUUUCAACAUUCCCUAUGGCCCUAUGGCCAAGCGCUUUACCCGACAACAUACAAGAACUGAUUGCUUCUAUGUCACCUUUUUGUCUCAGGUUGGACAAGAACGGCCAAAUUGUGCGUUUUGCUUACAACAACCACGUGCGAGACUCUGUCGUGCUCAACUCCACCCCUGAGGAGACUGUUCAACUUUACGAAGCUUAUCUUACUCUGGGCAAGAUGUUAAGAGAACCGGCCAAUCAAAUAGAGCACAAAAUGGUCCCAGGGGAUAUGAUCACCUUCAACAACAGUCGCGUGUUGCAUGGGAGAUCGGCGUUUACUGUCCAAGGGGGACAAAGUCGGUUCCUUCGCGGCAUCUACUUGGAUUGGGAUAUUAUGUAUUCUCGUAUGAGAGUGCUGGCGAAAAAGCUGAAUAUUCCGCUAUCGUACUAAAGCAUACUACAUAUUCUUGGAGGUAAAACACACAUGAAUGGCCCUUGAAACAUGAUCGAGGUGAACUAAAACAAUAAUAAGUCAUUAUGCAGCCCUUUCCGAUAAAAGGAAAUAAACUCAUUUCGAUUAUUUACGGGAUUUUUAGGUAAUAACUCAUGUUUCGAUGUGAAAUAUUAUUAAGAAAUAUUUCAACUUACUUCGCUGAAGUCAACACACUGAAUGCAUGUGGCUUUUCGUGAAUUUCGUACAAGAAAUAUUAGUUGGACCGGAAGCCGUUUUCCUCGUUGCCUUGUCAUUUAUCUCCAAAAAGAUAAAAUUGAAACAUGUAAGUUCCUAUGAUAUCAAUACGUUACCCAUCAAAUAGAUGAAAAAAAUAGACAAACUUGUCUGGAGGAUGAAAUUACCCCAACUGAAUAUAUAAUAAAAGGUAUGACAGCAAGGAGAGAAUUACCUAUCGGAUUAAACCAUAAAGCUUGUUAUUAUCAGUCACAUUCCAGAGGACUAUAGAAUAAUUUUUUUCCGUGUAGAGUUGUAAAAUUUUAUUUAGUCCUGGUUUGGUUUGUAAUGGGGGUAGAAUGCAUCGUGUCAUAUAUAUAGUGGGAUCAGAGGUUGUAAGAACUUAUGCUUAGCCAGAACAUAACCGGUUUGAUUGGCUUUAGAAUGGGGUAGAAUGCAUUGUGAUAUAAAUAUGGCGAGUCAGAGCUGGAAGAACUGGUGCUGAACGAGGACUUUAAUUUUAGUUCUGGUUUGAUUUGGUUUAUAAUGGAUUGAUUCAUAUUUUGAUAUGAAAAUAAUGAGCUCAGAAGUCGGAAGAACAGAUGCCUAAUCAGAAGAUGCGGAAUGACAGAUAUCUUGUUUUAAGAGACGAAGAGGUUUGGAAAGUAGCCAUUGCCUGAACAUAUUUAAGACCUUCAUUUGGAGCAGCAACCGAAAAAAAGAUGAAAAACAAACUCGCCUUUACUCUGCGCGAAAAA